CAUGUGUCUCCUUUGGCGCGUUAAACUUGAAAGAUGGCAGACUACCCGUCAGACACGAAGAAAGAUCUUUCUCAAAUUGUGAGAGGCUCUUCAGAAGCAGUAGAACAUUCUCAACCUCGUGUUAGAAGAAAAUCUAAAUACGCUGGACCAAACGAAGAGUUUCUAAAGGCUUUGAUGAACUUAGGGAUCUCGCGAAAUGCAGCUGAGAAGGGUCUUUACAUGACUGAUAAUAGUACCGUUGAUGCAGCUGCCAGUUGGGUCCUGGACAAUCAAGAUAUGCCAAAUCUAGAUGAGCCAUUUAAGGACUUUGCACCAGCCCUUGAGGCUCUCCCUUUUGAAAAAGAAUAUCCUCUAGAUGAAAAAACAUUGAGCAGUCCAUACAAAAUGGUCUUUGUGGUAAACACAGAACUCAACAUGGGUGUUGGUAAGAUUGCAGCUCAAGUUGGCCAUGCAGCUAUUGGUCUCUAUAAGAUAAUGGCAUCCCAGCCCCAAAAAUAUGACCACAUGUUAUCACAGUGGGAUGAUUUUGGGGCAACAAAGAUAGUGUUGCAAGGUGAAAGUACAGCCCACCUGUUUGAUAUAGAGGAGCUGGCUAAAAAGGCUCAUAUUCCACAUUACCUUGUCCAUGAUGCUGGAAAAACACAGGUGUCAUCUGGUGCAUUGACUGUGAUUGGUUUGUUUGGUUCAUCGUCAGAAGUGGGAACGCUCACAGGGUCAUUAUUACUGUUAUAGAGUAUAUGACUGUCUGUAUUUUGUACUUCAGGAUAGGACUGACUGAGGUCAAGCUAUAAAAGUGUUCGAUAUUAUUAAUUAUCACUAAUUAUAAAUUAAUACUGCUCUUUGGUGUUAUGAGUAGGGAUUAUUAAAAUGCAAAUCAUUAAUUUCAA